AUGGCCACCGCCGACCUCCCCUCCCCAAGCAAGAAACCCACCUAUGCGCGCACAGACGACGUCCCAAGUCGCCGCGACCCAAACGACUUGAGGGGGUCGAUGGCGGAGCGGGCGCGCACUCCGUGGGCCGAGGAGAUCAGGCUGAGCGCGUUCAAGGGGCGCGCAGGCGUCAACCUCGGCUACUCGACCACCUCCUCCUCCUCACUCUCCGCCCCAUCCCUCCCUUCUCGGCGCCCGCUCGGCCCCUCCCGAACCGAGCCACACCUCUCCUUCGCCCCCUCCUCCUCCACUGCCGCACCCUGGCAAUCCAGCCGCGAGAUCCUCGACUCGGUCUACGCCGUCCCGCGCGUCAAGAGGGCGGACGAGUUGAGGCCCAUGUGGGAGACGGGGUCGCAGGAUGGUUCGUCGGCCCGCGCAGUAGAGGGAGAAGAUAGUGGGUUCUUUGGAGCGCCCGGGAUGGAUGUCGAGCGUGAGGAAGCCGACGGAGACGGGUUCAAUUUGGACGAGGCGUUCGGGCCGAGCAAGACGGCUUUGUCGUUUGGGUUGCUAGGACGGCAGGGGGAGGCGGACGAGUCGCAGGGGUCGAAUUCGACGACCAGGACCGUCACGCAGCGUUUGAAGCGGGCUUUCGAGGAGGAGGAGCCGACAGAGGAGGCGGAGGGCCAGGACGACGAGGAGAUGGCGCCUACGGAUGUCGAGGACGAGGGGGAGGACCAGCCUGGUCCGCUUGGAACGGCGCCGAGAGGGGCGGCCGCGCAAAGGCGGACGGCGGGUCUGAGGAGAGGAUGGGGCAAGACGCAGUCGUUGCCGGCGAGCGCGUUCGAGUCGAUGGUCGAGUUCUAG